AUGUCGAGGUUCGAGGUUUCAGCGAUGCGCUUUGCUUUCGUUGCCCUGAUCUUCGGAGCUCCAGUCAAGUGUGCUCGACCCGCUCUUCAGCAGCAGACGUCAAUGGGAGGCACUCUUGAAUACGAUGAUGUGUGUUGCUGCAAGCGGCACACGGAGGUGGGGAAGACGCUCCGAAGGCCCGGACACACAGAGGGCAUGGAGCGAUCAGAUUGCCAGGUGUUGAAGCAGAUGAGGCCGGAUCGACCCUUCUGGUGGCACUUUGGAACAGAGCCGGGAUCCGAGAAACGAUGCUGCUGGACGAGCAAGCAUAACUGCAUGCCUACCAUCGGUUUUCUCUCGCUGAACGACGAUGGCGGAAGACGAAUCGGUGACGAAGAGCGCGACGGCCUUUGCCGGAGCUCUAGAACUCCCGAAGGAGACGUGGAGCCGAUCGACAAGACCUUUGCCUUUAACGAGAUCAUGCAGUCCCUUUACAGCGAAAUCGGUGACAUGGUUACAAGCAAACUAUGUGGGCUGGUAUCGGGCGGUCUUGCCGCACACGGCCCAGGGCAUAUUGGACAAUGUGCUCAGGCUCAUAGGCAGGCAGGCUCACUCCAGCGAGCCGGCAGAACGGCCAUGGGGGAGGCUUUUGAAGGCGCUAUUGGCAGCCAUCUUUCGUCCAAAACGCACCAGCACAUAAUGCCCCCCAACGAAUGGUUUCAGUACGGUGGCGACAGGCCCCUCGAGGUCGCAAAGUCAGUGCAGGUGUUUAACGGGAAGAAAUUCCCAAACAUGAAGUAUUGGUUCCACCCGGAGCUGAAGGAUGGGAAGGCGGUGGUCGUCUUCCAGGAUCCCAACACCUACGUGCCUCCGGACAAGCGGCCUCCGACGAGUACUUCCGGGCAGGGUUUCUGCGGGCAGGAUGCGACGCACUUUGAGAAGGUCUGCGUCCAGACGAAAGAUACCGGCGAGCUCGUAUCCUUGACGGUCAAUCUUGAUCUGGACAAGGAGCUGGAUGUGACGGCCGAGGUCCCACUCUAG